UUUCUCUACAGACUUCUCCUUUAUAGCGAAUAAUGAAAGUCACAACAGCACUAGUGCUCUGCAUAGGGUUUGUUAUAUUCAUCGUGUUCCUCUGUUUCGUGUUAUUCCCGGAAAGCACGCAAGAAGAAGCUCCCGAUCAAGAUUCUCUCGUUAUAACCAUCGUUAACCUUACCAAACAAAUCGGGAACAAUGGUGUAGAAUUGGGAAGGAAACUAAACAACCAAGACAUUCUGAAAGAAGCGGUUAAAAUAAAGCAUUAUAUGCAAAUAAAGGACCAGAAUGGUGAGUUGAACAGGGAAAAUAUUGCACAGCUGUUUGCGUGCUCAAGAAAACUGAGCACAGUUCUAAGUAAUGUUGCUGGCCAACAUAAAGAAAGCAAAAAUGAACUCAAAAAAUUGAUCGCGAUGAACAAUAACCUCAACAAUUCGAUACUUCAAUUGCAGCAACAGCGUGUUUGAGGGCCUGUAAAUUGAAUUCAAUUGUUUGCAAUCAGUACCGGUAAAAUGCAAAGCAAAAACAUCUAUUAUAAACAAAGGUCUGACUCCACUGAUGAGAGUAAAGCAUACAUGUCGACACCCCGCUCUCAUCAACAAAUCACGGUGUAGUUCUUAUCCCCGAACGGAUCACUGAAAUCGUU